UUUCCCGACGAGAGAGUCAACCUCUCAACAUAGCAAACGGAGGACGUCGUCGUUUUGAGAAUAAAAUGACAAAAACGACAGAUGAUAGUUUAGUUGCGACGAAUUGAAGGUCGAUGGCGCUGGAGAAAAUGACGGAAGUUUGCGUGCGAGUGCGAGGUGCAGUUGAAGCCAUUCAUUCUUGUCCAUACCAAACCGUCCUUUACCUCGCUGGUGGAGCUUCUCAGCUUCUCGCCUGGCUGCUAUCAGUUCCAGGUGCUUCAAAUACCGUCCUUGAAGCUCUGGUUCCUUAUUCCAGGAUCUCCAUGAUUCAGUUACUUGCGAAGAUUCCAUCCCAGUUUUGCAGUCAACAGACUGCUGAAGAUAUGGCUUUGUUGGCUUACAAUCGUGCUCUUAAGCUCUCCAAGCCAGGAUCCCCUGUUGUUGGUGUGGGAUUCACUGGUUCUUUGGCUACCACUCGUUCUAAACUUGGAGAACACAGAUUUUAUAUGUCGACAAGAACCGCUGACCGACUUUGGAUUUCAGGAGUGACCCUUACUAAGGGUCUUCAUACUAGAGAAGAAGAGGACAGAGUUUCCAGUCAACUUUUGCUCAAGGCUAUUGCAAAGGCAUGCAAAGUUCCAGCGACCUCUAUGCCUGAUUUCAGUGAAUCAGUUGUAACUGAAGAAUGUGAAAAGCAAUUCAAUGAAGAGCAAGAGUUAGAACAACUUAUAAAUGGUCAAAUAGGCUUUAAAAUCUAUCCAUUUUCAAGUGAGAUACCAGCAGAAAGGAAAAUAAUUCUACCAGGUUCUUUUAAUCCAUUACACGAAGGGCAUUUGAAGCUCAUGGAAGUUGCUAGUCGCGUUUGUGGUGAUGGCUAUCCAUGCUUUGAACUAUCUGCUGUUAAUGCAGAUAAACCCCCAUUAUCAGUGUCUCAGAUCAAAGAUCGUGUCAAACAAUUUGAAAAAGUUGGAAAGACAGUAAUUAUAUCCAAUCAGCCUUUUUUUUAUAAGAAGGCCGAACUUUUUCCGGGCAGUGCUUUUGUAAUUGGUGCUGACACAGCUGUGAGACUUAUCAAUCCUAAAUAUUAUGAUGGAGGCUACAACAAGAUGUUGAAGAUACUCCUAGGUUGUAAAGAAACAGGAUGUACCUUUGUUGUGGCUGGUCGGAAUGUAGAUGGUGUUUUCAAGGUUCUUGAUGAUAUUGAUGUUCCAGAGGAACUGAAAGACAUGUUCAUUUCCAUUCCAUCUGAACAGUUCCGCAUGGAUAUAUCCUCCACUGAGCUAAGAAAACGAAGUGGAAUGUAGAAAUCUUAUUGCUAAAAAUCAACUUUUGUAUAGUCCAGAAUGAAAUCACUUACCACAAUGAAGCAUGAAACUGUCAGAGUCUACACGUUACAAGUUAUUUGUGUGCAUCAGACAAGUACCUAUUUGGCUAUUUCUCAUGUAAGACACCUAUCUAGCAGAGUCAUAGAGACGUGUCUGUAUCACUGCCCAUGUCUUCGAAUGGUUGAUGACUUUUUACAUACUACAUAUCUAUCUUUUGGGGUUUUCUUUUUAUAGUUAGUACUUGAUUGUUAAAAGAAUUUUAAAAAAUAAAAUUGCUGUUAUGUACUUAUGUACUUAUAUUCAUUGCAUAAUUUGCAUUGAAAUUUCUUAAAA